AUGGGGUGGGGCUUUGCAGUGCCGGAGUGGGGCAUCUCUGAGGAAGCUGCUGCUGCUGCAGGCAGCGAGGCUUCUAGCAUUAGCAGCAGCACUAGCAGCAGCAGCAGCAGCAGCAGCAGCAACAGCAGCAGCAGCAGCAGCAGCAGCAGCACAAGAGGGCAGAGGGAGGCCUUCCUGCAGAAUGUCUCUUUGCUUGACGGCUUUCACUUCUCCUCCCCUACAAUGGAUACUCCUGCUGCUGCUGCUGCUGCUGCUGCUGCUGCAACACCUGCUGCUGCUGCUGCAAAUUCUGUUGCUGCUGCAGCACCUGCUGCUGCUGCUGCUGCUGCUGCUGCUGCUGCUGGUUUGUCACACAGCCAGAGGCCACUCCUCAGGGGCAGCCCCAAAAGGCACUGCAUGCCGCUGCUAGAACACAUGCUAGUGCUGCAUCAGCACCUCCCGCAGCAGCAGCAGCAGCAGCAGCAGCAGCAGCGGCUGCAGCAGCAGCAGCAGCAGCAGCAGCAGCAGAAGGAAGAGCAGCAGCAGACUUGUUCAGGGGAGGGGAGAGGUCUAAGCGAAUUUAUAAUGGAGGCAAACUGCCCCAUAGAAAAAGAAAAAAGCAGCAGCAGCAGCAGCAGCAGCAGCAGCAGCAGCAUUGCUGCAGAGGACAACAACAAUAGCAACAACAGCAACAGCAGCAGCAGCAGCAGCAGCAGCAGCAGGGGAGCAGCAGCAGGUGUAAGAAGCCGGGGAGAGUUGCUGCUGUCUGGGUGUAUGGAUGUGUAUCUGCUGCAGCUAACAGAAACAAAACCACAAACAGAAGAAAGAGAAAGGAGACAAAAAAAAGGAGACAGUUGA